UUGCUCUAGUUUGCACAUGUACGUUCCCAUCCAAAAACCCUCGGCAACGGUGAUGCGACGCCCGUCCCGUUCCAAGUCCUGACAACCGAGCGUACGCUGAGCUGCAAGUAAACGGCGCUGGCUACCGGAAGAGCCGAGCCGGACCAAGUCUCCUCGUCCCUCACCUCGUCGCCGAUGGAGGGCGGCGACUCGUCCGGCGCCGGCGCCGGCGGCGCCGUGGCCGCGGCGGCCAAGUGGCGGAGCGACGCGUCGCGGGCGUUCCAGUACUACCUGGACCGCUCGACGCCUCACGCCACGGGGCGGUGGCUCGGCACGCUCGCCGCCGCGGCCAUCUACGCGCUGCGGGUUUACAUGGUGCAGGGCUUCUACAUCGUCACCUACGGGCUCGGGAUCUACCUUCUCAACCUCCUCAUCGGUUUCCUCUCCCCCAUGGUCGACCCCGAGCUCGACCCUUCCGCCGCCUCCGAGGGGCCGGCGCUGCCCACCCGGGGGUCCGACGAGUUCAAGCCAUUCAUCAGGCGCCUCCCCGAGUUCAAGUUCUGGUAUGCCAUCACAAAAGCUUUUGUUAUAGCUUUUGUGAUGACUUUCUUCUCAGUGUUUGACGUUCCUGUCUUCUGGCCUAUACUCCUCUGCUACUGGAUUGUUCUCUUUGUCCUUACAAUGAAGCGCCAGAUUGUACAUAUGAUCAAAUACAAAUAUGUGCCUUUCAGUAUCGGGAAGCAGAAAUAUGGUGGGAAGAAGAGUGCCGUGAGCCCGAGUUCCUCAAAAGACUGAUUCCGAACCUGCCCCAGUAGAAACUUGCCAGGGGAACAAGAUACGUUGGAUGAUGAUAUUUGAUGUGCUCAAUACCAAGUGUAAUACUUCAUUCAUAUCUAGGAGGUAGACGGAUUUUCGCUCCUGUUUCUGACUCUGGGCUCACUGUUUAAUUCCAUGUUGUGCUUAGGUCGCUUCCUCCUAUGCUUGUAUAGCGAGUUUCGCGUCUCAGAUAAAUUAUUUCGUUUUAGUUACUACAUAUCUGGGCCCUAAAACAAUAAGCUCUAUGCUCUCAGCAAGUUUGGUUGGGUGUUGAGCUGGGUGAGGUAGGCGGUUGGUUAUUUUUGUAUCGAACUGGAACAGGAUGCUAAACUUUAAACGCAGAAUAUUUUGAC